AUGCUAGCGGAUCGCUGUACUUCCGCAACAUUUGCGAACGGAUCGAGACGAAUCCGGGGUUUCAGGAAGAUCCCGAUCAAAAACAACAACACUUUCCCCAACGAAGAAGCCGAUGAUCCCACCGAAGUCAAUGGGCCUUACAGACUCGUCCGGCAAGUGGCCCAUACGCGAUUACAACCGCUGGCACUUCAAGGCGUACCGGUUGAGCGAUUCAACUCAAUUGUUAUUGACACAAGGGCCAUGACUCCUCCCAAGAUAACUGUUAGCUUAUCGAGCUCUGUUUCUCUAGGAGCAGAGCAUACCUCCUCUGAACUUUUUGGUAAAGUGGGAGAUACUCUUUCCCCGGGGCCCGUCGCCGUGGGCUCAAAAACUGGUAUCUAUGGUCUGACCACUUUCAUUCCGAUCAUCUCUGGCGGACCGAUUACAUCCCCGUCAGCUACUUCCAAUCCUACACUGGAAAUCAUUGCCCACCAACAAAUUAACUCGUGGGUCGAGCAUCCUGGUGCCCCCGAGGCUACAGGCGUUAUUCAUGCUAUCGAGAAUAUUCAUCCGCAUAUUGAGGGCCUCCUCAGCAAGCUCGAACCCGAACCGGGCUCAAAGAGCUGUAAGAGCACGAGCAGGAAACGCAUUAAGAGAGACCUUUCUAGCCGCAGCGCUUUCCUGUCCUUGUUUGAUCUCGUGGAUAACACCCUUUGUUCGGUAAAUGAUAUCAAAAACAAUGUCAGAGACAAUAUUUUGAACGACGUGAAAUCGAACCUCAAAGACCUUCAGAAUGCGGUUGACAACCUUUCUCAAGAAGCGGGGCCAUAUAAGACCCCACUCAGUCUCCAAGCCAAUCGUCUUCGAACCCAUCAACUUCAUCGCUAUCUUGCUCUGCGACAGCAACAGUCAGCGAUUGUAGUGUCAUUUGCGACAUAUCAACCCUACCCACUUCUACCUUCGACAGGCACAACCACAACCACCACUGUCGAAGCCUGCACAAAACCCUCAGGCUGGAACACUGUGGCGGACGGGGAGGAUUUUCCUAUGUCCCAGCACCUUAGCAUAUCAGGUAUAGCUGCUCCCAGUGGCGCAACUCUGCCAACUCAUUCCUACAACCCGGGGCGGACGCCGCCAUCUGCUACGCCAGCCCGCUCAUAUGCACCUGGAAAGUGCAAGGUGCAUAUCGUGCAAGCCCUCGGACAACAAUUUAGAGAUCCUGAAGUCGUGCUCGGCAUUAAUAUCACUGACGCGCAUGGCACCACUAUUGGUAAUAACAAGGGCUCCGUUAAGUGGGGUCAAACACUCAAUACAGACAGUCUACUCCCAUGGGUCCUCAUAGUGACUCCGCAGAGUGGUAUUAGCAGCAAGAGAGGAACAUCUGGGGCAUUCCUUCGAAAGAGGGUGGGGGGUCCUAUUCACUCUAAUCGGCUGUUGUUCGUGAGCGGCCCGGUUGAUUUUGCUGAGAAACGGGAAAUGGUUGAGCAUCAUGACAAAGGAUGGAAGCAAGGCUUGAAAAGUCCUUCGCCGACUAUCGGCAACGACCCGUCACCUAGUGUUGAGCAGCUCUAUAAGAUACGAGAUCUGAAUCCCCAAGCAAGUCAUGGCGCAGCGUGGGUCAAGUACGCCCCAAGUGGAGCACGAUAUUUCAAAGAGUGGCAAGAAAAGACAGGCGAUGACAUAGGAUACCCAUGCGACUUCGACGAUUUCUUCAAUGUCGUAGCCUUGAACCGAGCACAGCCAGCAAGCGGUAUCCGAGGCAACCCCCAAGAAGCAGGAUACGGCACUGGCCGGGAGUAUCUCGCUGUCUCUAUCGAAGGCCCCAAGGACAAUCUCAUCGCUGACUUUACCAACACCAUCAGCGCCACCCAGGGCGUCUUUCUGGCCAACGCGAACGACCGCGGCAGCCCACGUGUGGCCUGGCAGUUUUCAGCGGUUGCCUGGGAAUUGUGGAAAAGAACCGUGCUGACAGAGAACCCGGAAUGGAAAAAUGACAUGUCAAAAGCAGACUACUCAGGCGUCAUGUCUUUCUGGCGCCGGGAGAUCGACAACGAGGACACCAGUCCAUCCUCCACGAAGCUUUCAAUGACCUGGAUAUCAAUUCCAUCCAGACGUGGUACCCGGCCGAUACUAAUGAAGAUACCAACCCUUUCUGGGCGCUGCUGGGGAGCCCCAAUGGCAAUGGAAUCCAGCACUUCUUGA